AUGCCGAUUCAAUGGAUUGCCUUUUCUCUCUUACCGAUAUCGUUUAUUGGGACAAUUUGUAAUUGGCUUACGGUCUUACUCUGUUACAAAUCAACAAGCUUAAAAAAUGCAUUCGUCUACCUUACCGCAAACCAAGCUCUCGGAGAUGCUAUUCAUUCAACCAUUUUCCUAUUCUACAUCGCACCAAUGAUUAUACUGAAUGAUCCGGCGUUGAGUCCAUAUUUGAAUAAUUUAAAAUGCAAGAUCAUCUUCGAUUUCACAACUCUCAUGUUUCGCUAUCCGGAUACGCCGACGUGCAAUUCGGAACUCGUUUUCGUUUGCGAGAUUCUCACUUAUUUCGCAAUAUCUCCUUAUGUGGAAAAUAAGUAUUUCAAGUUCUUUCUAACAACGUUUUCGUGGUGCAGUAUUCAUGCUAUUGAUGGGAUUCUUACAUUAGUUUUCAAUUCUAGUCUUCGUAUAUUUCGAGAGAAGCGAAAAGAGCUCAAAUUAACGGAAAUGUAA